UCAGUUUUCAACCCAUAAAAUAUAAUCAAUGACUCAAGGUUCAUUAAUUUUUCCAAGAAAAAAAAAGGUUCAUUCAUAUAAUAUUGAUUUCUAAAUAAAAGAAAUUAUUGCCAACAUACAUUUUAAAAGAAAAUUCCUCCUUAAAACUCUCUUUUCCUUUCAUAUUUAACCAACAAAAGAAAUUAACAAAUAAUAAAAAUGUCCAAAGAUAGGCAAAAUGAUAAUAUAUCACCUUUUUAUCAGCAAAAAUCAUUGGAGCCAACUCAAAAUCUUUUUUCUCAAUUUUCUUAGUGAGAUAUUUGCUAUACUAGGUUAGCGAGGGAGAAAUAGUAGAAAGAAAAUGAGAAGAAAAUUAAAAUCAUUAAUUUUACUAUCCCUUCAUUAAUAAAGAAAAAUAAAAGUCACAAUUUAGAUUUCCUUCUUUGGCGUACAGGAAAAAUCAAAAUCAUAAAAAAAAAAAAAAAAAAAAAAAAAAAAAAUAAAAAAAAAAUAUUGAUUAGCUAAUAAAUUUUCCUGUACGCCCUAUUUUUUUAAUAUUUCUUCCUCAAUCAAGGUGUGCAACCAUGCAUUUUGGUUGCCACUUAAAGUUUUUCAUCAUCAUUGAUGUUCUCCUCCUCUUAAGCAUCACCAACCCAUCAUUUUCCGAUGACACGAACACGUCGAUUGCCAUUGAUUGUGGAGCAACUAGUCAAGGGAAAGAUGGGGAUGGAAGGAAUUGGGAUGUAGAUACAAAGUAUCUUUCUUCUCAAGGAAAUUCUCAAACGAUUAAAGCAUCUUUUCAAGAUCCUUCUCUUCCAUCUGAGAUUCCAUAUAUGACAGCUCGGGUAAGCAACUCUGAUAUGUCAUAUAAGUUUCCUAUCAAUUCAACCUCGAGAUAUUUUUUACGCCUUCAUUUUUACCCAACAUCUUAUAGCUCUUUCAAUAUUAGCAACUCAUAUUUUUCCGUAAUUGCGGCCGAUUUUACCCUUUUAAACAAUUUUAGCGCUGCUGUAACCGCGGAGGCUUUAACUCAAGCUUAUAUAAUAAAGGAGUAUUCUCUUGCUCCUUUGGAUAGGGUUGAUUCUUUAGUGCUGGUAUUCAAGCCGUCGAACAAGCACGCAGGAUCAUUUGCAUUUAUAAAUGGCAUAGAGUUGGUUCCCACCCCAAAUUUAUUGGAUUCGGCUAAUUUGUUGGGUUUCUCUGACCAAUCCUUAGAUGGAAAGACUGCAACAACCGAGACGAUAGCAAGGUUAAAUGUAGGUGGAAACUAUAUUCCUCCCACCAACGAUUCUGGUUUACUAAGGACAUGGUACGACGACACGCCUUAUAUAUUAGGGGCUGCUGCUGGUGUUACAUCCUCGGACAAUAACACGAAAGGAGUGCACUACAAAGAUAUGCCAAAAUAUAUUGCACCAAUUGAUGUUUAUAAUACUUGGAGAUCAAUGGGGCCUGACCCAAAUAUUACUCUGAAUUAUAAUUUAACAUGGUCAUUUUCCGUUGAUCCAACCUUCACAUACAUCAUAAGAUUACACUUUUGCGAGCACAUAUAUACCAAGGUAAAUCAAAGGUUGUUCAAUAUAUUCAUUUAUAACCAAACAGCAACACCUAGUGGUGCUGAUGUGAUAGCGUGGACCGGAUCGAAGGAUGUCCCUAUAUAUAAAGAUUAUGCAGUGAGUGUUCAAGAUGGAAAAGGACAACAAGAACUUUUGGUAGCUCUUCAUCCAAGGGAUGGUGUAGAUAAGCCGGAAUUUUAUGAUGCAAUCCUUAAUGGGUUAGAGAUGUUUAAGGUAAGUGAUGGAAAUAAGAAUUUGGCCGGGCCUAACCCAUCCCCAUCCGAGGCAUUAGUUAAGGCUGAUAAAGAAAAAAGGGAAAAUUUUACGAAAGAUAAGCCUAACAUCAAUGUCAUUGGGGCGGCAAGUGGAGUCGCAGCUGCAUUUGGGUUAGCAACAGUUCUUGCAGUUGUGUUGUAUAAGAAGAAGAGUAAGAUGCCAAGAUCGAAAUCAGGAACAUCUAGUUGGUUGCCAAUUUAUGGUAAUUCUCAUACAUCAGGCAUGAAGUCAACAAUUGGAGGAAGUAGUGUGGCAAGUGCACAACUAUCGACUGAGGCAACUGCAAAUUGUCGUCACUUCACAUUGGCAGAGAUAAGAAAAGCGACUAAACACUUUGAUGAAUCACAUGUGAUUGGGGUUGGAGGUUUUGGCAAGGUAUACAAGGGGGUGAUUGAUGGGAGCUUUAAAGUGGCCAUCAAGAAGUCAAACCCAUCAUCGGAGCAAGGAGUUCAUGAGUUUGUUACAGAGAUUGAGAUGCUUUCGAAACUUAGGCAUAAGCAUCUAGUCUCUCUUAUCGGCUACUGUGAAGAAGAUGGAGAGAUGGCUUUGGUGUAUGACUUCAUGGCACAUGGUACUUUAAGAGAGCAUUUGUACAAGGGCAAUAAGAUCAAUCUUACAUGGAAGCAAAGACUAGAGAUGUUGAUAGGCGCCGCAAAAGGUUUGCAUUAUCUUCACACUGGAGCAAAAUACACCAUCAUUCAUAGAGAUGUCAAGACAACUAACAUUCUAUUAGAUGAGAACUGGGUAGCCAAGAUAUCAGAUUUUGGAUUAUCAAAAACAGGCCCUGAAACAAACCAAAACCAUGCAAGUACAGUGGUGAAAGGUAGUUUUGGAUACUUAGACCCAGAGUACUUUAGACGACAACAACUAACAGAAAAAUCGGAUGUAUACUCAUUUGGGGUUGUGCUUUUCGAGAUUUUGUGUGCUCGCCCUGCUCUUAACCCAAGUCUUCCAAAAGAGCAAGUUAGUUUGGCAGAUUGGGCACGAAGCUCGGUUAAAAAAGGAAACAUAGAUGAAAUUAUUGAUCCUCACAUUAAGGGAACUAUUAAACCCGAAUGCUUAAAGAAAUUUGUAGAGACAGCUUUUAAGUGUCUAUCUGAUCAUGGCGUUGAUCGCCCUUCAAUGAGUGACUUACUAUGGAAUCUCGAAUUUUCUCUUCAGCUUCAAGAAAGUGGAGAUGCUUCUAAAGCUACUUCAAAUAACGGGAGAAACAACCAAAAUGAUAACAUAAACAUGCACUUGAACACUCUAAAUCUAGAAGAGGAUGAUCAAUUUUCGGCCACAACAUCAUCGUCUAAUGAGCAAAACUCAAGUACUGCAAUCUUUUCACAAAUUGUCCAUCAAACAGGUCGAUGAGCGACUACUAUAUCAUACAUUAGAGACAUUCUUGAGGAACAUUGGAACUAUUCACGCUUGAGAUAAUGUCAAUUUAUAAAUAUGUUUUUUUUUUCAUAGGGAGUGAUUAUUAGUCACGUACGUUGUUUUAUAUUUUUUGAGUUUUCAAUUCUUCAAAUUAGUGUUUUUUUUUUUUUUACUUUGUAUUUAUCAUCUAAUUACGAUUAAAAACAAUGACAUUAUUUUCAUCAAUUGAUUAUGACUUUUUGUUUGUAAUAGCACAUUAUGAUUAUUAUCCGUAAAUAAAUAAAAUAUUGUAAUAGAACCUUACAUUACUGACCUUUUCCUCUCAUCUUCCACUCAAUCUUCGCUUCACGCGCGGGAUUACCAUUCAAUCUCCAUAACCAUUAUUUCCUAAUUUUUUAUCCAUCUUCAUCACAAAACUAAGUCAAAUGCAGAAAUAUCUAAACUUUUGUA